AAAUCGCGUAAUAUCAAUACUGUAUUCACCUUCCGUGCUGGUCAAAUUCUGCUUGUGUGUUGCGACUUCGCUCGACGCUUUAGACCCAAGCCUCAGAUUGCUGCUGUACAAUUUACCGUUGUUCCUAUUUUUAGGAGUCAGCAUCUUGCAAUUUGCUUUGGCUAAGGGCUUGGGAGUAGAGCCAGCGACCCCAGGCGAUAUCUGCGCGCAACUACAGCUGCCGAGGAUUUUCUUCAAUGCUUGGCGUCGCCGGGGCAGGCCCGCCCAGGCGGCGAGACUACGCCGAUGAACUCACUCGGGCUUUUCCUGCUGCCCAGCUUGUCAAUGCUGAGGGCUCGGUGAUUGACUUGCCCUUCCAACUGCCCAAUGGCCGGCCCACCGCUCUACGCGUGAGCCUGCCUUCGCACUUUCCCCAGGACCACCCAGUCCUGUGUGUGGUUGUGCCGCUCCAGCACCCAGCAGUGGACACGACCGGCCGCGUGCACCUGCGUGCCGCCGACCAGUGGGGCUCUGGCACCACCUCCCGCCGCCUGCCCGCCGACCUGGUGGCAGUCGUGCGUGAGGCCAUGGCGCUGCUGAACGCCUCCGACCCCUCAGCAGCAGCGGCGGCGGCGGCUGCUUCGGCAGCAGCGGGCGGUAACGCCUGGCAGCCGGGCCCUGGGGCAGGAGGUGGCGCGGGAGGGGCUGGAGGAGGCGGCGCAGGGCCUACAGACCCGGAGGGCUUCCUGGAGUCGCUGUCGACGUCGCAGCUGGAGGCGCUGCUGUGUGAUGAGGAGGCGCUGCGGAAGGCGGCGGCGCAGUGGCUGCAGGAGACGCCGGCCGCCCGCGCGCUGGAGGACGUGCGGCGUCAGAACAAGCAGCUGGCGACGGCCAACCUGUCGCUCAGUCGGUCCAUCGACGAAGCGCGCGGCCACGUGGCGAUUGUGCGCAGCGGCGAGUACGCGGCCAUGCGGAGUUUGUUUGAGGACCUGUUCAACAGGCAGAAGGCCAUCAUCACCAAAAUGGGGCCGGAUGCACUGCUGGCCCGGCUGCGACAGGAGGUGGACGAGUCGGACGCUGCCAGCGAUGAGCUGCUUGAGCGGUUCCAGUCUGGAUCCAUCAGCAGCCUGGAGGCGUUCGUGGACGCCUACGUGGCGGCGCGCGAGGCCUUCCACAUGGUGGACCUCAAGCGCCAGGCGGCGGAGCACCACCGCAUGGUACCAGACGACCUGAUGCCGGUCUGGUCGCGCGAGGCCGUGGCGGCGGCGCUGGGGCAUGGGCGGUGAGGGCGCGGAGCUGCGGGGGCUGGGGAGAGGGGGGGGUGCGCCAAGUGAGGAGAAAGAGAGGAGCGGGGGCCGGUAAGGAGGCGGGCUUGAGCAGGCUUCUGCUAGCCAGCAUUCGCGAGUGGCACUGUUGAGGUGUUGAGGGACAAACCGAAGAUCACAGGUGCCUACAGCACCGGUGCUUGCGCCUUGUGCUAGGAGUGGGCCGUGGCUAUUUACUCUGGUCGCGUACAGUGAUGAUCUUAGACGUCAAGUGAAAGCUGUCGGUUGAUGUUGGCCCCUGGCCCGUUGAUGGAAGGAGCUGUGUGUGAUUACGGUAUGUUGCGCUUGCCCUACAUCCAGUACGGUAUUGGGGAUGGUUGCAACGGGUAGGCGUCAUAUGACUCAUAACUUCCAUGCCGUGGGGUUACUGCAUGGGCGACAGGAUGGGUUCACAGCUGCUGGCCCCGGCCGCUUGUCGGGUAAGACGUGGCUUAACCGUUGUGGCGGUUGACUGCUGUUCAACUCGAGUGUGGAAGUUGAAGAAUAAUGUCCGCGCUUCAACACUGCGGCGCCGGUUGAAACGCCGAGCACUGUACGCCAUUUUGAGCAGAUUGUGAAUGCAUGUUAGUUGCGGGUUGCGGAGGUACCGACAACUGCCUUGCUCGACCACUCGAGUCUUGCUUGCAAUCGAGCAGCCGAGUCACACCCUGCAGGAAGUCAGAACGUGCAUGCACAUAAUGCCUUAAACCGUUGCCUAUAUAAAGGUUGGGCACAGCGUAGUCUUAUAUCUUACUGCUUCGGCUAAGCGUCCUGUGCUUUGUUGCUUUGCGCUGCUUG